AUGUGCUUAUAUCGCGGCUUCCGACGAUCGCGACGCGUCUCGAGUCUCUUCCGCGCGCGUCGAACUUCGAUGGCAGCGGACGCGUGUUUUGACGAGAUCCCGAAAUUCUCACGAGGAUUAACAUUUGCUUCGAACAGGAGAAGUUUGGAGUGGACACGGAUUCAACGCGGAGAUGAUUUGUGAAUUAACUCUUAUUGAAUAACUCCACAUAAAAGCAACAGGAGCAGCCACUGAGGAGCCUUUACCAUGCAGGGAUACACAUGGGGUUCAAACCAGCAUUCUUCACAAAGGUACCAGGAUCGGCCUCCACCACAAUAUCAAGAACGACUUCCACCCCAGUACCAUGAACGGUCUCCCUCUCUGUACCAAGGACAGUUCCCACCCAACUACCAUGCUGUCAGGAAUAAUCAAUCCUGUGCUUUCCAGGUACAGCACAUCCCCCAACAGCAAACCACAUUACAAACAAGAUAUCUCAAUGGUCAACAAGAGGCUGCAAAUCAGGGGAACGCUUGCUCAGGUAGUGCAGACUCUACUACGUUUCAGCAGAACUCGAAAGGAUAUGAUUGGUUGAAGCUGACAAACCACAUCCAGCACCAAUCUGCAGCCUCUCAAACACCGCACCAUUACCCACCUGACAACCCUAACGCAUAUAGGUAUCAUGCUCAGUGGCAUGAUUCCUCCCCACAGAACUACAGAAACACAGGCUGUAGUCAAGCUCUAGUGCACUGGACUCCACAGUCAGACCAUGGCAGCUCUGUGGGUAACAGCAGGGGUUGGAGUUCCCACAUUUCCAACAAUGGCAGUUCUUGCUCCAUGAACAAUCAGCAACAGUUUCAAGCUCCUAGAAUGGGUGCUUAUCAUCACCAUCAACAACAUCAAGAAAUCUCUAGACAAUAUUCAGGCCAAAAACGCCAAAAACACCACGCACAAUCCUCUUCACGGGCCUACCAAAAAAUCCCUAAGACUCAAGCUCAGAGCAGGACUAAGGUCAAUCUUAUCACAUGCGACUCUACGACACCACCUUCUGGAGCUAAUCAUUUAAAUCAAAGUCCUAUUUACAAGAACAGACCUGAACUUGGGUCAAAUGCAUGUCCAGAUGUAUUGGCCACCCAGCCUCAGAAUAAUCAAAAUGCUGGACAACAGUCUCAGGGCACAAACAUUGGGAUAUGCAAUGUUAAUCAGACCUCUCAAAGAACUCAGACCAGUGAAGCCAAGCUUCAGCCCCACACUAAAACUAAUUUUAACGUGUCAUCUUAUGCUGACUUAUUAAUAUAUAGAUUACUGUGUUCAAAUGGCAAUGGACAAUCAGAUUCCCCUCAGAACACUUGUCCAGAACAGUUGGAGGUUCAUGCAAACAAAAAAACUGACAGUCACUCAAAGGAAGCUUUUUCUGAUCCAAGCGCAAACUGCACAGUUGAACCACCCAGCAAAAGAAUGAAGAAUGCAGUGAUUCAGAGAGACUGUUGGAACAAAGUGACAGUAGUAGCAAAAGACAAAAGUGAUUUUGGGGUGCAGUCUGCCCAAACUGAUACCCAUCAAACAGGUAUCAUUGAGAACAGACGUAGCCAACACAAAAUUCAGUACAGUGCGGACCCAGCAGACUGUCUUGAAGUGGUUUUUGCACUACAGAAAGCUGCUCAGCAAAGUUUGAAGGCCAUAGCCAUCGUCCCACCUAUUUCCCAACAGGUCUCAAAUGCUGCACCGACAGCUGAUAUUAGCCAAAACAAAGCUGAAAGUCCACCGUUAAAGAUUGAUUGCGUUUGGUCACUUGUUGAUGAGUCUAAUGAACAAGCAACUUUAUAUGAGAAGCUGUCUGAAUCCUCCUUGCAAGUCGCUCAACAGGACAACAAAAGCUUUGAAAACACAACUGAAUGCCACAUUGCAGACCCAAAUGCAUGCUCUGUGAGCCCAGCAGGAUGUGAAAAUGAUGUGCAGCAAAAUGACUGCGAUUCAAGUGAUUUUUCGUAUGACUUGUCCAGUGUGCCUCUGAUUGAGCACACACUGGACAAAUUGAUGGACUUAGUGAAGUCUUUAGAGAAAACAGAGAUAUAUCCUGAGUAUUCUGACAGUGUUUCCAAAAGGAUCUUGAAACUCUACUGGAAUGGGAAUCCUUCCAAUGUCUUGGAGUCUUUGAAAUCAUUUGGGGAUAUACAGCAGUCAUGCAUAGCAUAUGCAAGGGAUUACAGCUCUGUGGUAUGCAGAAGCAUCGAAACUGAAAAUCUGAAGAAGCUAGCUCAUUAUGACAUUCUCAAAAAUGAGAUGUAUUCAUCGUCAGAGGAGUUCAAGUCUUCUUGGUUAAAUGUUGAUGGACUGCCAGCUGAUAUUGAAAAGGUACUUUCCGAGCCACUGUUGAAUGACUCAACUGUGUUCAAGGCAACAUCACAGACUUCAUCCAGUUUAGGUGUGAAUUCUCUCGCAGACAUGCCUGAGAUUUCAGAGGAGAGAAGUGUGAAUCCACACACGAGCAGUCCAACAGAACUUUUCAAACAAAAGGCAGGAAAUGACAGUGAGGAAGUGACUGCAGGAAACAAUGAGCAUUCACAUGUAGAAAGCAAGAAAGAAACAUUCAAGAAGAAAGAGGACAUCAAUCAAAAUCUGAAUUUUAAUACAGAACUUUCAGACAUCUCACCUUUAGCUGAAAGGCCUACAGAGAAACCUGCAGACCUCGGCAAUGCAAAAGAAGUAAUCACACAAGAUCAUGAGCAAACACGUGAUAAUGUAUCAGCUUCACUGUCGUUGAGCCCUGGAAACAGUGCUUCAGAUGGAAAAAACUCUAAGGCGUCCUUCUCUAUCUCUACUGAUACAUUGCAGGUGGAAGAUAUUUCUAAUGAUGAAAAUCCAGGGAAUAAAGAGGCUUCGAACAACUCCUCAGACACUUGGCUGGUAGAAGAUAUUUCAGACAAUGACAAUUCUGGAAGUAAGGAGGUUUUUCUUAUUUCCUCAAACAUCUGGCAGGUGGAAGACAUCUCUGAUAAUGACAAUCAAGGAAAUAUGGACACUGCUAGCAACACCUCAGACAUAUGUGUGGUGGAAGAUGUUUCUGCUGAUGAAAAUUUGAGUGAUGAUUCAUUGUUUAUGGGAAUCACAGUGCUGUCAAAAGAAGACGCUAAAACGUUUUUCCAACUGUUUGAAAAGGAAUCUGAUCGUAACAUCAAUACCAAAUCUCAGUCAAACUUAGAGCAACCUGAUCUUGUAGAAUGCUUUGAUGCAUACAGUCAGCCUAAACAUAAGUACAACAAAGCAAAUACUUGCUUUUGCUGUGGUACAGAAACUGCAAAAUCAAGUCCCUCUAAUGUGUCAAAGACAGACAGUGAUGCUGAUUUUUUUUGCCCAGAUUGUUGGAAACAGGCACCGCUUUUUGAGUUAGAAGAGGAGCCAUAUGAGGCCAAGUGUUCGGGCUCUGCUGCUAACCCCAAAAAACUGGGUCAAAAUUAUAGUAUGCCAUGUCUUAAGUUAGAAGUCAGUGAGUCAAAUUUAGCUUCAACAAAGGAAUGCAUUGCGUAUGAAGGACAAAAAAGUGAUUGUCUGUUAAAAUCUAAAUUGGAAUUAAAUUGUAGUCCACCAUUUCUUGAAACAGAAGUCAAAAAGUCAGCUGUCGCAUCAAAUGAUGAAUGCACUGAAUAUGAAGGAUGGGCAGGACAAAAGAGUGCCUUUUUUGUCAAAUCAGAACAGGGACAUGAUUGUAGCCCACCAUCUGUUGAACUAAAAGACAAGAAGCCAAAUGUUGCUCUACCGGAAACAUGCAUCGCAGAACAAGGACUCACAGAACAAAAAAGAGACUGUAUGGUCGAAUCAGAACUGGUAGAAAACUGUAGUCAACCAUCUCUUAAACUAAAAAUUAAGAAGCCAACCGUUGCUUCAACAAAGGAAUGCAGUGCAGGAAAAAACUUUAUAAUGCAAUCAGAACAACAACAGUCAAAGGUCGUGAUGCCAAAAGUUUCCUCUCUAGAAGAAUGCAUUGCAGAUGAAGGACUGCAAAGCCCAAAAAGAAACAUUAUGGCAAAAUCAGAAAUGGGACAAAAUUGUAGUUCACCAUCUCUUGGGCUAAAAGUCAAGGAGUCAAAUUUUGUUUUACAAAAUACAUGCAUUGCAGAUGAAGGACAGAUAGGUAAAAAAAGUGACUGUAUAGGUGAAUCAGAACUGGGACAUAGUAGCCCACAACGUCUUAAACUAGAAGUCAAGGAGCCAACUGCUGCUUCAGCAGAGGGUUGCAUUACAGAUAAAGGACUGACAGGACAAAAAAGUGACAGUAUGGAAAAAUCUAAGAAAGUUUCUAAAAUUCAGGGGUCAGCUGAGAGGGAGCUAACCAAGAUUCAACCAAGCAAGCAGAAAAAUGUAAAAACAGAGAAAAUUAGAGUACCUAAGCCUCAAUCUCUCAUGCAGUGCAGAAAACCAAUUUCAAAGAAAAUUGCAUUUUCUAGGCGUAAGCUAAAAUCUGGUAACACUAAUACUGGGGCUGAUGAUUCUGUGCUUUUCUCUCCAGAUAUUGUGGUUAAAAUGAACUGGCCGCAAAAGAAAAAAAUACCUGCAAACAAACGUCGUAGUGGUGAGAGUCAGAACCACAGUAAUGUGAAAAAAUUCAAAGAACACAGGCAAGAAAGACAAGAUAAUCCUGACAGAACCUCAACGAACCAUAGAGAAAACCUACAGAAAAAGACAGAGAAAGUGUCCAGUCCAUUUAAUGACACACCACCCAAGGGGUCAGAAAACAAGCUGGAACUGCAUGGUAUUCUGUCAGUGAAGAAAAUAACAAGCACAGAGCCAAAGAAAGUAAGGUUUGACUUAUAUGGGUCCAAAACUGAAAAACAGUAUUACGUCAAAGAAAGACGUUUUUCAGCGCCAGCUACCUUAACAGUCUCUGAUUGCACAGGUUUUACCGAUGUGCUUUCUGCCAAACAAAAAGUUCUCAACCAGUGGAGUAGCACCUUUAUACCUAAAACAAAGAAGACUUGUCCUCCCAAGUCACCACAGAAGAAAAAAACACAGAAACCUCAGGACCUCUUGAAGUCAAAUAUGAGUGCAUUAAAAAUACAUUUGACUCACAGAGCCAAGCUAUCAUCUAGUAGCGACACAGAGAAAAGUCACUUUAGAAAACCCUUUUUUCAUCAAAAGCUUUGGAGAACACUAAGCAGCUAACCUGUGUCGAAGUUGCUGAAUUAUGUCUUUUAUUAUGUUUACUUAAAUAUGUUUACACAUAAUAGCUGUAGCUGUAAUGUGUGACGACAGCUUUCUGUUGAUAACUGAAAACAUGAAUGUUUUACUUUUUUUUUUUCUUUAUGAAGAAGAACUAAAUAAAGUUUAUUUUUCUACAGCAUUAUUGUUUGUAAUGCUACUUUGUAUGUGACUGAACGAUGCCUUUGAUUGCAGUCAUUUUGCAAUGUUACUUUUUUAUUUUUACUAUUUAAAGCACCACUGAAUGUUGUUGCAUUGAUUAUUGUUUUAUUUUUGUAAUAUUUGAAGUACUUCCGAAUGUUGUUGCAUAAUGUAAGAUAUAAAUAUAUGUGUAUGUAUUGUAUUUACAAAUACAUGAUUGUAAAGUUGACUGGAAAGGCCGUUGUUGUUUUUUUUAAUUAUGCAUUUAGUAAAUAACUAUGUGUUUUAAGAUUCUUUGGUUCUGCUGCAGAAGCUUUGAUGUCUUAAAACAUUCACCACAAGUUCAAGAAACUAAUACUUUUUUUAUCAUUCAAGUAUGAUGUGUAAUUAUUAAUUGAAUAAUUAUUAUUAUUUAUUUAUAAUACAGAGUGGUGUAGAACAAUGAUGCAGCAAAUGUGGUUUUAUAUAGUGGUGUAAUUAAAAUCUAAAAACAGCUGUUCUUGACGAAGUUUUCCUUCAGCUUUAUUUUAUAAUUUCUAUACGUUUAUGAGUUAACUACAUUUUACUUUUGUGCCAUUCUUAAACAUAAUGGUGUCUGCUUCUAGAAGAUUGCGUGCAAAGGUAGUGGGGUCUGCAAGACACAAGCCAACUGGUAAAUUCAAUAAGGUUCCCAUAGUAAGGAACGUAAGGAAAAACCGAAAAGGUCAGAAGUCACCAAGUUCUC